AUGGACUCGGAGUAUGAGCAGGGACACAUCCGGAAGCUGCAGGCCCAGCGCAUGCUGAUGCAGGAAAAGACCUUCACCAACUGGAUCAACAACAUCUUCUCCCACGGCAAGGCGAACGUGACCCUCGGGAACGUGUACCUGGAUCUGAAGGACGGGACCAACCUGCUGCGGCUGCUGGAGCUCAUCUCCGGCGAGACCCUGCCGCCCCCCAGCCGGGGCCGCAUGCGGGUCCACUUCCUGGAGAACAACAGCCGCGCCCUGACCUUUCUCAGGUCCAAGGUGCCCGUGCCACUCAUCGGGCCAGAGAACGUCGUGGACGGCGACCAGACGCUCAUCCUGGGCCUCAUCUGGAUCAUCAUCCUGCGCUUCCAGAUCUCCCGCAUCUCCCUGGACAAGGAGGAGUUCGGGGCCAGCGCGGCGCUGCUGUCGGCCAAAGAGGCCCUGCUGAUCUGGUGCCAGCGGAAGACGGCCGGCUAUGCCGACGUGAACAUCGCCGACUUCGCCCGCAGCUGGAGCGACGGGCUGGGCUUCAGUGCCCUCAUCCACGCCCACAGGCCGGACCUGAUCGAGUACGGCCCGCUGCGGGCCGAGCGGCCGCUGCACAACCUGGACUACGCCUUCGAGGUGGCCCAGCGGCACCUGGGCAUCUCCCGCCUGCUGGACCCGGAGGACGUGGCCGGGCCCCAUCCCGACGAGCGCUCCAUCAUGACUUAUGUCUCCCUCUACUAUCACUACUUCUCCCGCCUACACCGGGGCCAGACCGUCCAGAAAAGAUUGGCCAAGAUCCUGCAGCAGCUGCAGGAAACGGAGGAGCUGCGGGAGCGGUACGAGCAGCUGGUGUCGGACCUGCUGCGCUGGAUCGAGCAGAAGGAGUCAGAGCUGGAGCGGCGCGACUUCCCGGACUCCCUGCCCGCCACGCGCCAGCUCCUGGCCGCCUUCGCGGCCUUCCGCACGGAGGAGAAGCCCCCCCGGCUGCGGCAGCGCGGCGCGGCCGAGGCCCUGUUGUUCCGGCUGCGUACGGUGCUGCGGGCGCAGAACCGCCGGCCCUUCGUGCCGCCCGACGGGCUGGGCCCCGGGGAGCUGGCGCGGCGCUGGGAGGGCCUGGAGCGGGCCGAGGCCAGGAGGGGCCAGGCCCUGCAGCGGGAGCUGCUGCGGCUGGGGCGGCUGGAGCAGCUGGCCGGCCGCUUCGAGCGCAAGGCGGCCCUGCGGGAGGCCUUCCUGGCCGAGACGGAGCAGGUGCUGGGCCGCCUGGGCCCCUGCCGCCCCGCCAACCCCGCCCUGAUGGAGGCCGCGGCCAAGCGGCUGGGCGCCCUGGAGGCCCACGCCCUGCCCCAGGAGGAGCGCUUCCGGGCGCUGGCCGAGAUCGCCGCCCUCCUGCAGCAAGAACGCUUCCACGGCCACGCGCGGGUGGCCCGCAGGCAGAAGCAGAUCGCCGAACGCUGGCAACUGUUGCGGGAGCAGUUCCGGGAGCGGAGGGAACAGAUGGAGGGGGUAGAGGAGGUGCUCGGGCUGUGGCUGGAGGUGGACAACCUCACCGACGCGCUGAAGGAGCUGCAGGUGCCGGCCAGUUCCACGGCCUGCAGGCAGCAGCUGGCAGAGGUGGUGGAGCAGCUGCAGAAGCACCACCUGCUAGAGACCCAGAUCUCCUCGCACGGUGCCAGCGUGGACCACCUGGCUCACAGGGCCUCCCGGCCGGGCCCGGCGUCGGGCACCAAUGCCGAAGUGCUGCAGGCCAGGGCCCGGGGCCUGACCCAGCUCUAUCAGACCCUGGUGUCGCUCGGCAGGGCCCGGCGGUCCCUGCUGGAGGAGGCCCUGCGGCAGGGAGAGUUUCUCCGGGACUGUGAAGAGGAGGAAUCCUGGCUCCGGGAGCGACGCCAGCUCGUCCAAGCGGCCGGCCUGGGUCGGGACCCCGGCCAGAUCGUGGCCGCCCUGCAGAAGAACAAGGCCCUGGAGGCUGAGGUCAGCGCCCACCAGGCGGUGGGUGCGGACAUCGCCCGGAAGGCCCGGGAGCUGUGCCAGAGGGGCCACCCCGCCCAGGUGGACAUCCAGGAGCGGGCGGAAGGGAUCCAGGCUGAGUGGCAGGUCCUCCGGGACGAGGUGGCCGGGCUCCGGGCCCGCCUGCAGGCCGCCCUGGUCGUCAAACAGUACUUCGCCGACGCCGGGGAGGCGGACUCGUGGCUGCGGGAGCAGAGGCCCCUUCUGGCCAGCGCCGACUACGGGAAGGACGAGGCCGGGGCCGAGGCCCUGCUGCAACGGCACCUGAGGCUGGAGAGGGAGGUGCGGGCCUACGGGCUGGAGCUAAGGAGGCUGGAGGAACAGGCCCGGGCGGCCGCUGGCCAAGCCCCGCUCACGGCCAAGCCCAAGGAGGACUGGAGCGAGGUCGAUGGAGCCGGAUCACGCCGGCAGCCCCCGAUCGCCUCGGCGGCGCCCGGCCGGGCCCGCCAGAGCCAGCGGGUCCAGAUGCGCUUCACCUUUAGAGGAGAGGGGUUCACCUGGACCCGCGGGGACAUCCUGGAGCUGGUGGACGGGACCGACGGGGACACCUGGCUGCUGAGGGACCAGAAGGGCUGCCGGGCAGAGGUGCCCACCAGCUACGCUAUGGAGAUCGAACCCCAGGCGGUGUUGGCGCUGAACCCCACGGAGGAAGGGCCCGGAGGCAUCGGCUCCAGGCGCCAGGCCGCCCGGCGUUCCGGGCGCCGGGGCACCCGGGAGAUCACCAGCCCCGCCGAGCCCGACCCCCACUUCAGUCCCGGGAACAUCCGCAAGACCCAGAGCGACCUGGGCCGGGACUACGAGAACCUCAGGGCCCUGGCGGAGAGCCGCGGGGCACGUCUGCGGGAGACGGUGGCCCUGUUCCACUUCUACAGCUCCUGUGAGGAGCUCCAGUCCUGGCUGCUGGACCAGGCCCUCCUGUUCCAGACGCUGCAGCCCCAGGCUGACGACGUGGAAGUCGUCAGGCACAAGUACGAGAACUUCCUCACCGCCCUGGUGGCGGGGAAGGGCCGCCUGGAGGAGAUGGGCGGCUCUGCCGAGAGGCUGGCGCUGGCUUGCCCCGCGGAGGCAGCGGAGGUUCGACGGCGGCAGCUGGAUCUGUGCCAGAGGUGGGAGCAACUGGAGGCCCUGAAGGAGGAGAAGGGGCAGCAGCUGGUGGGGCUGGCCGACGUGCGCAGCUUCCUGCAAGAAUGCGGGCACGCGCAGGCCCAUCUGCAGACCGUGAUGCAGCAACUGGUGGUCGUGGACCCCGGGAGCCCAGCCACAUCCCCGGACGGGGCCCACCGCGCCCUGCAGCUGAUCGAGCGUGAGAUCCUGCUGCUGGAGCGGAAGAUCCAGUACCUCACCAGCGUGGCCGUAACGAUGAAGGAGACGAACCCCGCGGAGACCCAGGCGCUGGAGGAGCAGGUGGAGACGAUGCAGCGGCAGCUGGACCUGCUGCAGGAGGAGGCCUCGGGGCGCGCCCGGGCCCUGGAACGGGCCCGAGCCCAGCGGAGGUUCCUGAAGGAGAGUCGCCAGCUGCUGCUGUGGGCAGAGGGGGCGCGGGCCCAGCUGGCCAGCGAGGAGAUGGGCGUGGACGUGGCUUCUGCCAACCGGCUGCUGAGGGAGCACCAGGGCUUGCUGGAGGAGCUGCGCUCGCAUCAGGAGAGCCUGCAGCAGCUGCUGGUCCAGGGCCAGCGUGUGGCCAAGUCGGCGCCCCGGGACUCUCCGGAAAUGAACGGUUCCCUGGAGCGGCUGGGCCGGGAAGGCCGGGAGCUGGAGGCCCUCUGGGAACGGCGGCAACAGCGACUGCAGGAGGGGCUGGAGCUACGGAAGUUUGACUGGGAGGCCGACGGCUUCAACGCCACCUGUGCCAACCAUGAGGCCUUCCUGCGCCUGGAUGCCCUCGGGGAGGACGUGGAAGUGGUACAGAGACUGCUGCGGAGGCAUCAGGAGUUGGAGCACCUGCUGGAGGCCCUGGGCCCGCGGGCUGAGUCUCUGAAAGCCCACGGGGACAGACUGGUGCAGAAACAGCACUUUGCCAGCCCCGCGAUCGAGGAGAAGGUGUCGAGCAGCCAGGAUCGGUGGGCCCGGCUCCAGACGAACAGCGGGCAGAGGAAGAGGCAGCUGCUGGCUUCCCUCCAACUGCAGGAGUGGCACCGGGACGCGGCGGAGCUGGAGCUGUGGAUGGAGGAGAAAUGGCUGAUCGCAGUGGACGAGUCGUACCGGGAGCCCAGCAAUGUCCUGCGCAAGCUCAAGUGGCACGAGGCGGCCGAGAGCGAGCUGCUGGUCAACCGCGGGCGCGUGGAGGAGCUGCAGCAGACCGGGAACAAGCUGGUGGAGAGCGGGCACGACGCCCGGGAGGGCGUGCGGGCGAAGCUCCUGGAGCUGGGCAGGAAGUGGGAGAAGCUGAACUCGAAGAUGGCGGACCGUGGCGACAAGCUGCGGCAGGCAGGGCAGCAGGAGCAGCUCAUGGAGCUGCUGCAGGAAGCCAAGGAGAAGAUGGAGCAGAUGGAGAGGGGGCUGCAGGGGGCGGAGACCGGCCACGACCUGCGCUCCAGCCGGGCCCUGCAGAAGCAGCACGGGCAGCUGGAGCAAGAGAGCCAGGAGCUGGCCGACAAGAUGAGCGCCAUCAUCGCCCGGGCCCGCAGCGUGGCCACCGGACACUUCAACUCCGAGUCCAUCCUGGAGGAGACCCAGAAAUACCUCCGGAGGUUCGAGUCCCUCCAGGGGCCCCUGGCGACCCGGCGCCGGCAGCUUCAAGCCUCCGUGGACCUCUACCAGUUUUACCACGCCCAUGACAUGGAGACCGCGUGGGUGGGCGAACGCAUGCCCUGUGCCAGCUCGACCAACUGCGGCCGGGCCCUGGACGUGGCCCAGAACCUCCUGCUUAAGCACAAGGAGCUGCAGGCGGAGGUGACGGCUCAUCGAGUCCAGGUGCGGCGGGUGCUGGCGGCCGGGCGCGGCGUGGCGGAGGCCGGGCACCCCCGGGCCCGGCACGUCACGGAGCGGUGCCAGGCGCUGGACAGAUGCUGGGCAGAGCUGGAGCGGGCGUGUGAGGAGAGGGCCCGGCAGCUGCGGCGUUCCGUCGCCCGCCAGCAGUACCUGCUGGACGUGUCGGAGCUGGAGGGCUGGGUGUCGGAGAAGUUACCUCUGGUGAGCAGCCAGGACCACGGCAAGGACGAGGCAGCCACCCUCAACUUUGUCAAGAAGCACCAGGCCCUGGAGCAAGAGCUGGCCCUCUACGGGAGCUUCGUGGCCGAGCUGGCCCAAACAGGCCGCGGCCUGGCCAGCUCUCACCCCACCGACGAGCUGGAGGCGCCCCAGGGGCGGCUGCAGGGGCAGCUGCGGAGGUUGCGGGAGCUGGCGGCCACACGGGGCCGGAGAUUGGAGUGGACGCUGAAGGCGCACGAGUUCAUCCGGGAGGCCGAGGAGCUGCAGGACUGGCUGAGGGGGCAGAGGCAGGCGGUCGGCGGCGGGGAGGACUUCGGCGAGGAUUACGAGCACGUCCUGCAUCUCCGGGCCAAGUUCGAGACGCUGCAGCACCAGCUGGCGGCGGGCGGGCGGCGGCUGGCGGCCUGCCAACAGCUGGCCGAAACCCUGCUGGAGAGCGGGCACGGCGCGGACCGGCAGAUCAGCCAGAAGAAGCACGAGCUGCAGAGGGCGUGGGAAGAGCUGUGGGAGCUGGCCCAAGGCCGAGACCGGGCACUGAGGGACACCGAGGCCGUGCUCAAGGUUCUCCAGGACCUGACCGACGCCCUGGCCCACAUCCAGGAGAAGGCCACCAGCCUCCCCGACCAGCCGGCCCGGGAUGGGCGUGGGGCUCAAGCCCAGCUGCGGCGGCACGAAGAGCUGGAGCACGAGCUGGUGGGCAGCGAGCAGCGGCUUCAGGAGCUGCUGGACGGCGGGGACGAGGUGCUGAAGCUGUGCCCCCCAGGGUCUCCGGCUGCAGGGGCGUUGCGAGAGAAGCAGCAGGCCGUGGUGCGGAGCUGGGAGUCUCUCCGACUCCGGGUAGGGAGGCGCAGGAGCCAGCUGGAGCAGGCCUGCCGGCUCGCCCGCUUCCUCUCCCAGGUGCGAGAUUACUCGUCGUGGGCCGCCGGAGUCAGGCGAGAGGUCCAGGCGGAGGAGACCACCCGGGACCCCGGCAGCAGCUCGUUGAAGCUGAGCGCCCACCAGCAGCUCCGGGCCCAGCUGGAGGCCCGGGAGGAGGCCUACCGGGCGGCCGCCCGCCACGGGGAGAGGCUGCUGCAGGAGGAGGAUGCCCCCGGCCCCCAGAUCCAAGAGAAGCUACAGAUGCUGGAAGAGGAGCGGGCCCAGGUGUUCCAGGCCUGGAAGCUGAAGCAGGAUCAGCUGGAGGCAGUGCACCGGGAACAGCUCUUCCGCCGGGACCGGGAUCACCUAGAUAAGAUCCUCACGGCCCAGGAGGUCUCUCUGAAGACCGGUGCCCUGGGAGGCUCGGUGGAGGCCGUGGAGCAGCUGAUCCGCAAACACGAAGCUUUCCAGAAGCUGCUGGCGGCCCAGGACGAGAAGGAGACGGCCCUCCGGGAGCAGGCGGAGGCCCUGCAGGGAGCCGGGGUGCAGGAGCUGCUGGACUCGGUGCUGGAGCGGCGGCGGCGGGUCAAGGAGCUGGCCCGGAGCCGAGGGGAGGCCCUGAGCACCGCCCUGCUGCUGGCCGGCUUCACCCGGGACGUGGCCGAGGCCGAGGACUGGAUCCGGGAGAGGGUCCGGCAGCUGGAGGAGCCCGGCCCUCGGGACCCCAGCACCCUGCGGGACAGGCUGAAGCGGCUGAAGAAGCACCAGGCCUUCGAGGCCGAGGUCCGAGCCCACCAGGAGGUCACGACCCGCGUAAUGGAGAAGGGAGAGGCCCUGCUGGCCCGGAACCCGCCCGGGGCCCGGGCCGUCCGGCAGCAGCAGCGGGCCUUGGAGCAGCGCUGGGGCCAGCUGAAGGAGGCCGUGGCCACCCGGGCCAGGGAACUGGAGGACAAACGGGACUUCCUGGAGUUCCUGCAACGCGUGGACCAGGUGGAGGCCUGGAUCCGAGAGAAGGAAGUGAUGGUGAGCGUGGGAGACCUGGGCCGAGACCACGAGCACUGCCUGCAGCUCAGCAGGAGGCUGGGCGAGUUCCGCGGAGCCUCCGUGGGGGAGCCAGUGGACGACGCCCACAUCGCGGACAUCAACGCGCUGGCCCAGCGGCUGCAGAGCCGGGACCCCGACGAGAUGAAGACGGUUCUCCAGCGACGGAAGCAACUCAAUGAGAGGUGGAGCAGUUUCCACGGCAACCUCCUGCAGUACCAGCGGCAGCUCGAGGGUGCCCUGGAGAUCCAUGCCCUCGCCCGGGAGCUGAGCGAUGUCACAGAAAGGAUCGGGGAGAAGAGCACCCUGCUGCGGGCUCCGGCCUCCGGGAAAGACCUGGAUGGGGUCGAGAGGAUGCUGCGGAGACACGAAGAGCUGGAGAGGGAGAUCAGCAUCAUCCAGGCCCAGAUGGAGCCCCUGGAGCAGGAAGUGAUUCGCCUGGGCCAGAGGAGCCCGGGCUCGGCCCACAGCCUGGCCAGGAAACAGCGGGAGAUGGCGGACGGCUGGCGCAACCUCCAGAUCCAGCUCAAGCUGCGGCGGGAGAAGCUGGGAGCCGUCCACCAGCUGCGGAAGUUCCAGACCGAGCUGCAGGCCGUGCUGGGCUGGGCAAGGGGGCUCCGGGCCACCGUGGAGUCGGCCGCUCUUCCCGGAAGCUCUGCCGAAGCUCACAGCCUCCUGGAGGAGCACCGGGAACACAAGACGGAGAUGGGGACCCGGGGGGACAGCAUCUCCUCGGUGCGCAGCACGGGGCGGCGGCUCCUGGGCGCCAGGCACCCCUCGGCCCCAGAAGUGCGCCAGGCGCUGGAUGAUCUGGACCGGGAGCUGGUCGAGCUGGAGGAAGCCUGGCAGGCCCGCCAGCUGCGACUCACCCAGGCCCGGGACCUGCAGGCGUUCCUGAGCUUGGCGGAGCAGAGCGAGAGCUGGCUCGGCAGCAAGGAAGCCUUCCUGGCCAGCGAGGAUCUAGAGGACUCCCUGGCCAGAGUGGAGAACCUGCAGCGGAAACAUGAGCAAUUUGAGAAGGGGUUGGAGGCCCAGAGUGAGAUGCUGGAUGCCAUGGAGACCCUUGCCCACAGCCUGCGCCAGGCCCAACAUCCUGAAGCCCAGAGUGCCACCAGAAAGUGCCAGGCCGUGCUCGCCAGGAAGGAGAGGCUCCUGGAGGGUGCCCGCGCCCGCCGGGGUCAGCUGGAGGAGCUGCGGGUGCUGCGGUCGUUCCUGCGGGACUCCUACGAGGUGGCCACGUGGCUGAGCGAGAAGAACCACGUGGCGCUGGAAGGGAGCUGGCAGGACCCCAGCACCCUGCAGGCCCAGCUGCAGAAGCACCAGAGCUUCCAGGCCGAACUGGAAGCCAACGCAAACCGGCUCCAGGCUCUGCAAGAGGACGGGGAGCAGCUGCUCCAGGAGGGGCACUCCUCCGCCGAGACCAUCCAGGAACGGCUGCGGCAGCUGCGGGACCUCUGGGACCAACUUCUGGUCAACAGCCAGGAGAAGGGAACCAAGCUACAGGACGCCUGCAAGGCCCUGCAUUUCCAGCGGAGCGUGGAGGAGGCGGAGCGCUGGCUGGAGGACACGGAGGCCCAACUGCGGGCCCCGCUGGGCGGCCAGAGCCUGGCAGGAGCGGGCGAGCUGCUGGUGGCUCAGGGGGAGCUGGAGGCCGCAGUGAGCGGGCAGGCGGACCGGGUCCAGGAGCUGCUGGGGCAGGCGCGGGCCGCCCGCUCCGAGUGCCACUUCCUGGCCGGAGAGAUGGAGCAGCGGGCCCGGGGUCUGCUGCACAGGUAUGAGACCCUGAAGGAUCCCCUGCAGGAGCGGCGGGCGGCGCUGGAGGCACGGCUUUUGCUGUGCCAGUUCUUCCAGGAGGUGGACGACGAGCUGGCCUGGGUGCGGGAGAAGCUGCCCUUGGUCACGGCCCGGGACUACGGCCAGACGCUGAGCGCUGUGCAGCGCCUGCAGGAGAAGCACCAGAACCUGGAGAACGAGAUCGGGGGCCACGAGGUGCUGAUGCGGAAGGUGGCGAGCACGGGCCACGGCCUGGUGCGGGGCGGGCACCCCGCCGCGGGCGAGGUGAUGGCGCGGCUGCGGCGGCUGGAGGAGGCGAUGGACGGGCUGCGGGCCGAGGCGGGCGGGAGGCGGCGGAGGCUGCAGCAGGCCCACGAGGCCCAGGAGUUUCUGACGGAGCUGCUGGAGGCGGAAUCCUGGCUGUCAGAGCGGGGCUUCCUCCUGGACGGCGAGGAGACCGGGCAGAGCGAGGAGGCCACCCAGGCCCUGCUGCGCAGGCUCGAGGUCACCCGGCGUGACCUGGAGGGGUUCGCCGCCAGGAUUGAGAAGCUGCAGGAGACGGGCACCGGCCUGGAGAGGAGGCACAACCCAGAGAGCCCGCAGGUGCUGCCCCGCCUGAGGACCGUCCGGGAGACCCACGGGGAGCUGCUGCAGAGGGCGGAGAGCCGCGGCCGGCGCCUACGGGAGCAGCAGCGGUUCUUCCUGCUGGAACGGGAGGCCCGGCUCCUGGAGGCCUGGCUGGCCGCCAAGCAGGCCGUGGCCGAGUCCCAGGACUACGGGCAGGACCUGGAGGAUGUCAAGGAGCUGGAGGAGAAGUUCGACGCCUUCAGAAAGGAAGUGCAGGUCCUGGGCCAGGCCAAGAUGCAGGGGUUGCGGGACCUGGCGGCCGACCUGGACCAGGAGGCCCCCGGGAGGUACCAGGAGGUCCAGGGCCACCGGCGGCGCGUUGAGGAGUCCUGGGAGAGGCUGGGCCAGGCCAUGAAGGCCCGCACUGAGAACCUGGCCACCGCCCGGGAGGUGCACGGCUUCGACCAGGCGGUGGCCGAGCUGCGGGGCUGGAUGCAGGAGAAGGCGGCAGUCCUGGAGCGCGACGACCGCGGCCAAGACCUGCUGUCGGUGCAGACCCUGCGGAGGCAGCACGAGGGCCUGGAGCGGGAGCUGAUGGCGGUGGAGAAGGAGCUGGCGCGAGUGCGGGCCGAGGCGGACUGGCUGGGCCGGCUCCAUCCGCCGGUGCAGGAGAGCCUGGCGGGGAGGCUGGCGGAGGCGGAGGAGGCCUGGGGCCGGCUGCAGCGCCGGGCACGGGAGCGGGGGCUCCGGCUGGAGCAAGCUGAGAGGGGCCAUGCCCACCUGAGCGCCUGCAGAGAGCUGCUCGGCUGGGUCCAAGAGAUGCAGGCCCGGGUGGCGGCGGCGGAGCCGGCGGGGGACGUGGCCGGGGCCGAGCGGUCCCUGCGGCAGCACGAGGAGCUCGGCCGGGAGAUGGAGGAGCAGCAGCUCCGGGUGCGGGACGCCCAGCAGGAGGGGGCCCGGCUGGUGGACGGAGGCCACUUCAUGGCCCCGGAGGUGGAGGAGUGGCAGCAGGAACUGGGGGAGCAGCUGCAGGAGCUGCAGGCCGCCUGGGCCCACCGCCGGGAGCUGUGCCGGGAGAACCUGGACCUGCAGGAGCUGCGGCAGGAGCUGGAGCAGGCCGAGGCCUGGCUGGCCGCCCGAGAGGGGCUCCUGCUGGACCCCGACUGUGGGCACUCGGUGUCAGAUGUGGAAGAGCUGCUCAGGAGGCACCAGGACUUUGAGAAGAUGCUGGCUGCCCAGGAGGAGAAGUUUGCCCACUUGCACAGGAAGACUGAGGCGGAGCAGAAGCUGCUGCAGCCCGUGCAGAUGGAGGGGCUGCGGUCGCAAGGGUCCGGGAAGAGGGGUCUCCCGUCCCUCCGGAGGAAGCCCUCCAUGCGCCGGGCACAGGGGCCCGGACCCUGGGCCGGGCCGGGGGCCCGGGGGGAUGGGCCGCAGAGGAUCCCUUCCCAACCGCGAGCUCCGCUUCCCACGGCAGCUGGGCCCCGGGAGGAGGCCGCCCCUGGCAGAGAGGGGCUCUUGGGCAGUACGGGGGCCAACCUCAGCCCUCUCCUCGCUCCGGUGGCACCCUCGGUCCCGGGGGAGCGGCCCACCCUGGAGGGGCCUCUGGAGCAGAAGCAACUUCUCCUGCCCGGGGGGAGGCAGGCACCGGUGGCUCCGUGGAUCUCCUGCUACGGCACCGUGUUGGAGGGCACCCUGAGCUUGUUCCCAGACCGGAGCAGAGCGGCCGAGAGCGGGGCGAGCCCGGCUCCCCACCACCUGCUGGGAGGCCGGUGCCACAGGGUGAGCGGCGGCCAGGAGAAGGAGCACGUCUUCCACCUCAGGCUGGGCACCGGUGCCGAGUUCCUGUUUGCGACCACGACCGAGACGGAGGCCGACGGCUGGGUGGAGGCCCUGAGCGGGGGCGGCAGAGUCCCUGAAGCUGGAGCCGACAGCCCCCCGGACGGGACCUUUCGGGACUGGCGGCACAGGAGCCCUUCCUUCCGGCUCGGCCAGGAGACGGAGUGGACCGAGAGUCCGGCCCCGGGAUCCCCUGCAGCCGAGGGGCCUGCUCCCGCCCUCGCCGUGGACGCCGGCCCCGCUGAGACACUUCCUUCUCCUCGACCCUAUGCCCGCGAGCCCCUGGGGGCCAGAGGGGGAGAAGGGGACCCGUGGGGUUCGCUGGACACAGGCUCCGGGCCGCCGGGGAACCGAGCCGCGGUUCUCGGUGCCAGGCGCGGCAGCGAGUGGCAGCGGAAAGACAAGCACAUCCUGAAGAAACUCUUGAGGAAGAAAUAGAGGCAGCAGCGCCGGGAGAGACAGGCAGGCUCUUCCCCGCUUCCUCCCCCGGUGCCCGACGGAGCACGGCCCGGCGCCGCCAUUAAAGGGCUCCUGCUCUUCUCUGCCUCCUUGG